UCAGUGCUUGAAGUAACGAAUUAAAUCAAAAUGCGUUGGUUAUGGACAUUGCUCUGCCAUUCGGUCCUGCAAGCUGCUACAUCGGAAGACUACGCCAACAACACAUCCAUACAACUGUUCCAACAAUAUGUACAGAUCAACACCACCACUAACAAUGAUCUAACGCCUGCGGUAGAGUUUUGGACUACGCAAGCAGCAGAUGCGGGUGUGGAGAUGACAGUACUCAACUUCACCGAAGGGUACCCCGUCAUAGUGCUGAAGUGGCCCAGCACCAACUCCUCCCUCAGCAGCAUCAUGCUCAACUCCCACAUGGAUGUGGUGCCUGCUAGUGAAUCCGAUGGCUGGACCUACCCUCCGUUCUCCGCAUAUUUGGACGACGAGGGCGUCAUCUGGGGCCGAGGCACUCAGGAUAUGAAAUCCGUCUCUAUACAAUACCUGGAGGCUCUCAAAAAGCUGAAAGCCGACAAUGUCACUCUGCUUAGGGAUGUUUACUUGACUCUUAUGCCUGGUGAUUUAUUUUGUUAUCUAAAGUGUUUAGAUUAG